GCAGCGUCGACGUGGAUUGUGUUGGGCGAACAGCACAGCCAGAAGCUGCGGCGUCGGGGAAUGCAGCCAGCACGAAGCAAGGCCGUGCAGGCGCAGCGUCGUCGUCUACUGCCGCAAGUUUGGGGGAGCAUUCUUCGUCGGUAAUUACUCUUCGCAGCGUGCAGAAAAUGAACUUACCCAACGUCGGUCAUAAGUCUGAUCAACACAGAGAUGAGGGUGGAAAGCACAGCAAUAGCGCCGAUGUUCUGUUUGAGGAACCGCAACAUGACAGGGCAUCCACCUCCACAACGUCUGGCGGUGAUGCCGACGACCGGUCGACAGUGUCAUCAGGCGAAGUGCUGUUCCUGGAUCACGACCAUAAUGUUACCAACGUCUUCCGAAUGUCCUCAGGUGCCAGUACGCAAACAGGGACGAGAGGUACAGGGAAGGCAACAACUAGUGUGUGCAUAACAGAUGCAAGAACUACGUCAUCUUCAAUUUCGGGGGAAGAAAUGAAUCGCACAGCAAGCGAUUUUCAUGUCGUUCUUGACGUUGCUGUAACAGUGCGUGGCGCGGCUGGCGCAAGGAGCAAUGUGAAAAUCCACAGAGAACGUGAGAAGGCGAUGAAAAAUGCAGCAGCACGAGGAGCGGUCGAAAGUUCUACGCAUCAAGAACAUAGAAUCCACAACGGUUCAGAUUGUCCAGUGGAUCAUCCGGAGCCAGAAGCAAUUGAUCAGACGAAACAGCAAGUGGCAGGCGAGAAGAUUAGUAAAGAACCGAUGGGACAACGACUAGCAGAAGCAGCGGCCGACGCGCCACCAGUCCGUUGCUUACCGGUACCAAGGGGUCUACUUAAUAUUCCCAUGCUACCCGAGUGCGAGCCCGCAAGGCUUGCAAGUAGUAGAGCGAGACGAUCACGAGCUCCAGCACAUGCAAACCGUCCAAGAAAUACCAUACCAGAUGAGGAAACGGAGAGCAGUAUUGAAGAAGAGGACGGUGAUGAAGAUUGUGCGACGCCUUCAGCGCGACUGCCGGUCGAAUCUUCUGCGAGGCAGAUCAGACGAGACCGGCGUGCAGCUAUGCGUCUUCUAAUCGACCCGAACUAUCAUAGACGCUUAUCGAUGUCGAGUCAGAACGGGGCAGGAGCAGAGAACGCGGGCCGCGCUGGAGCGCCUCCUCCACUAUCUUCUGGUUCUGGAAGUGCAGUUUUCUUUCGAUCCUCUCUGACAGAUCGUUGGGAUCUGCAGACCGCUGCAAGUCCCGCCGCGGUGCGCGGCAGAGCGCGACGACCGCUGCAGCCGAGGGAAGCAGUGGCAGAGUAUGGACGAUGCUACAAGGAACAAAAUCCUAACUACUC